AAGGUUUUUCACGUCACUUGGCUGCAUUUCUACAGCUCCUGCUUUUAGGAAGUCGCCGGUUUGGUGUUGUGCUGAAGUGAUUAGUGAUCCCUGAGCCAAAUAAAUCGAUAACAAUGGAUAUUUAUUAUCUGCAUAACUUCCUAUCAUGAUAUGGAAGGAAAUGCUUUCUUAAUACCACCAAUAAGUUGUUUAGUUAUGGGAGCUAGCUGGCAAGCAGUGUCACACAGAUAAUGGUUCCCCUAAAACGCAGGAAAGUGACUACAGAGCAAACUGCAAGUCAUGACAGUGAAGUGUGUAAAUUUCCUGAUAUUUCUAUAUUCAUCGUGGAAAGGAAGAUGGGUGCGUCCAGAAAAUCAUUCCUGACACGUCUUGGAAGGAGUAAAGGAUUUCUGAUUGAAGAGUCUUACAGCUCCUCCACCACACACGUGGUGUCAGAAAACAACACUGGGGAUGAGGUUGACAUUUGGAUUAAGAAACAGGAAAUGGAAGGAAAAGUCUCAGCCAACUCCGUCAACCUGUUGGACAUCAGUUGGUUGACCGAGAGCAUGGCAAGCGGAAAUCCCGUCCCCAUUCAAGACUGGCACAGGUUAAAGACCAGCCCGAAGCCCUCUGAGGUCACUCCUGCAGUUGUAAUGAAGAGUUAUGCCUGUCAGAGGAGAACUCCACUGAAGCACCACAACUCAUUCCUUACAGAAGCUCUGGAGACCUUAGCCGAGAAUGCAGAGUUCAGUGAGAAUGAAGGCAGGAGCGUAGCCUUCCGAAGGUCGGCGUCUGUCUUGAAGGCACUUCCUUAUGUUGUGCGUGCGAUGAACGAGUUGAAAGACUUGCCCUGCUUGGGUGAGCAUUCACUGAGAGUUAUAAAGGAGAUAUUAGAAGAUGGCACAUCAAGUGAAGUGGAGUCAACAAGACAGUCUGAGCAGUUUCAAGCCAUGAAGGCACUGACUGGUGUUUUUGGUGUGGGAGCAAGGACUGCAGAUCGGUGGUUUAGGGAAGGCCUACGCAGCCCAGAGGACCUCAUACACACAGGACAAAAGCUAAACCAUGCGCAACAAGCAGGAGUGCAGUAUUAUAACGAUCUGAACACACCUGUCACUAAAAAGGAGGCUAUGGUCAUCAGCGACAUUGUAGAGAAGGCAGUGAAAGCUGUGCUGCCUGGGGCAAUUAUUACACUCACAGGAGGAUUCCGAAGGGGUAAGGAGGUGGGUCAUGAUGUGGACUUCCUCAUCACACACCCAGAGGAAGGGGCAGAGGAAAAAUUGAUGCCCAAAAUUGUGAAUUGGUUGGAGGAUCAGGGUUUGCUGUUGUACCAGAAAACAACUAGGAAUUCUUACCUAGAAAGUAAAGAUGGACCUGCUCGUCCUCCCAGUAACAUGGACCGAUUUGAGAGAUGCUUCUCUAUAUUCAAGCUUGAACAAUCUCAAGUGAACAGUGAUACACGUCUGGAAGCUUCUUCAUAUAACUCCGGCACGACAGACGGAAUGGAGGAGCGUCACUCAGGGUCUUCAUGGAGAGCUGUUCGAGUCGAUCUUGUAGUCAGUCCUUACAGUCAGUUUGCUUUUGCUACACUUGGCUGGACAGGAUCCAAGCUCUUUGAGAGGGAACUGAGGCGCUGGGCAGGUCAGGAGAAGGGGAUGUCUUUAAGUAGUCAUGCACUCUACGACAGCAAACAACAGCGUUAUCUUCGCGCAAACUCAGAAGAGGACAUUUUCGCCCAUUUGGGCCUGGAGUACAUUCCACCUUCGGAGAGGAACGCAUGAUGCACUUCAGUCCAACCCAGAUUAUUCACUACCUCAGCUGUUGGAUCAUUUUUUCAGAUUUGGAUGGAUAAUUUUUUUCAGAUUUCAGGAAUUAUUAUUAUUAUUAUUAUUAUUAUUAUUAUUAUUAUUAUUAUUAUAUUCCUCAAAUUUCCACAUCAAAUGCAGUAAUGUUAUCAUUUUAUUGCAAAUUCUGCUUUUAUUAGUGAAUUGAUCACUUUAAUUUAAUAGGAUUAUAUGAUUAACUAAGAAUGAAAUUCUUUAUAAAUGUUACUAUGAAUCACUGUUACAUACUAAAACUGAUUUUAGCAAAAAAAAAAUUGAUGUAUGUAUUUAUUAUUUAUUGUUAUCUUCUGUAUUGUUAUGUAGCUGACAUUUUAACAUUUUACAUUUUAAAAUAUUUUCCCUAAUCUCACGUUUUGUUUUUUUGUUGUUGUUUUUUUUUCAUUCAGUAAAAGAGUACAUCAUCUGUUUCUUAUAAAGGCUGGUUAAGUUCAGAUAUUCUCUUCUGUGUAAUAUUUCAGACUUGUCAGAUGAGCUGUAUUACAGCUGCUGUUUAUUUGGAUGCUUUUGUGUCAUGUACAUUUUGCUGAUUGUGUAGUAUGCAUUUGCCAUGAAGUCACAUAUGUCAGUUUCUACUUAUAAGUGCACCUGGCAUGUUUGACCUCCUUUUUCCAACUGCCAUUUCUGACAGCAUCUUUAAAUUAUUGCUCUCUCCACCACCAUGUUUUUAAUGUUCACCUUAAGGUGGUUAUUUAUAUAACAGUUAAAUAAAAUUUGUACAGUAAGUAAUAGUAGUUUUGUUCUAUUUACUUUGCAGCAUAAGAGCUGGGUUAUAUAUAUAUAUAUAUAUAUAUAAAAUAUAAUAUAGAAUCCCUGGUUUAGGAAGCCCAAAGCUGUCCUGUAUUUUCAUAAUUAACAUUUUUCUCUUAAUUUCUGAACUAUUUGUGUUAUUCAGUAUCACCACAGUAAAUUUUAUCAUGGUGUCUUUACAUUUUUAAAAUAUAGUAAAUGCUAUAACAA